GAAGCAAGUCAUAUAUAAGCAAGUGAUUCAAUAUACACCUUCACUUUUCAUUAGGCUCGCCACUACUCGGCCCCAAGGCCCACUAAUGUCAGAGGCCCAGAAUACCUAGGAUGCGAAUACACAGAAGGGUCAAUGAAUAACUCUGAAUAGAGGCAUUUUUGCGGCCGCUGUCACCACUGACCAGCUCUAUAUAAGAGACGAUGCGCGAGGUCUGCUUUGGUCAUUGCAGAACGGUUCCGCUCUUUUCAUAGUCAACUUUACUGAUAUCAGCCAGAAUGGCUUUCGCAUCCACAUUGUCGACAUUUACCAUCCUCGCGCUUGCUCUGACGGUAUACGCUGUGACAGGCCCUGUUACUGACUUGCACAUCGUCAACAAGGAUAUCGCGCCCGAUGGCGUGAAUCGUUCUACCGUGCUAGCAGGGGGUACAUUCCCUGGUGCACUUAUCACGGGACGCUUGGGUGAAAAUUUCCAAAUCAACGUUACCAAUGAGUUGACCGAUGAUAGGAUGCUAACGGCAACCUCUAUUCAUUGGCAUGGAUUCUUCCAGAGCGGGACUAACUGGGCUGAUGGUACCGCCUUUGUUACUCAAUGCCCAAUUAUCAGUGGGAAUUCGUUCCUGUACGAAUUUGAGCUAGACCAACCUGGUACCUUCUGGUACCAUAGCCAUCUGUCCACUCAAUAUUGCGAUGGCCUGCGCGGAGCCUUCGUUGUCUAUGACCCUGAAGAUCCCCACGCGCAUCUCUACGACUUCGAUGACGAAAAUACGGUGAUCACCUUGGCAGAUUGGUAUCAUAAUUUUGCCCGAAACGUGGUUUCCCCUGCCUCCCCCGAUUCAACUCUGAUCAAUGGAUUGGGACGGUCUCCGUCUGGACCCGCCGACGCUGAGUUGGCCGUCAUCACCGUUGAACAUGGCAAACGCUACCGCUUCCGUCUCGUUUCAACCUCUUGCGACCCCAACUACAAAUUCUCCAUCGAUAAUCACACAAUGACCAUCAUCGAAGUCGAAGGUGUUAACAGUCAACCCUUGGAUGUUGACUCGAUUCAAAUAUUUGCAGGACAACGAUACUCUUUCGUCCUUCAUGCCAACCAAUCGGAGAGUAACUACUGGAUCCGAGCAGAACCGAACCUUGGCGCGAAUACUACUACCCUCGGAGGCAUGAACUCAGCUAUCCUCCGCUAUGUCAAAGCACCCAAGGUGGAACCAACCACUGUUAAAACUCCGAGUACCAACCCAUUGCUUGAGACUAAUCUGCGACCUCUGGUUCGCACUCCGGUACCCGGAAGACCAGUUCCCGGAGGUGCUGACAUUGUGAAGACUUUGAAUUUGACAUUCGCCGAUAACCUCUUCAAGAUCAAUGGCGCCUCAUUCCAGAAUCCUAGCGUUCCGGUCCUCCUUCAAAUUCUCAGCGGAGCGCACAGCGCUCAAGAUUUGCUACCUGCUGGCGGUGUCAUUGAACUCGAGCAAGGAAAGGUUGUCGAACUCAUUAUUCCUGCACUUGCCAUAGGCGGCCCACAUCCCUUCCAUUUGCACGGACAUAACUUCUGGGUCGUUCGAAGUGCUGGCACUGACAAGUACAACUUCAAGGACGCGAUUCUUCGUGACGUAGUCAGCAUUGGAGCUCCUGGCGAUGAAGUCGCCAUUCGCUUCGUGACUGAUAACCCUGGACCUUGGUUCCUUCAUUGUCAUAUUGACUGGCAUCUCGAAGAAGGGAUGGCUGUCGUGUUCGCCGAAGGAAUCAACCGGACUGCUAUUGCAAACCCCACUCCUCCUGACUGGGACCAACUAUGCCCUAAAUACAACGGACUCAACGCAACUGAGAAGGUGCAGCCGAAGAAGGGCAUAGCUGUAUAACAUCAGGCUCCUAGAACCAACCUCUCGUAUCUUGAAGGGGGACUCAUUCUCAACAGAACGUGACGUGUCCAUAGUGCUAUAGCUGUUGUAUAACCUUCUCAGGUUUGCUGAUUCUAAAUGCCACUAGUACUACUUCUCAAUACUUUGACCUUCGUUGGCUACCUCUGUCUUUAGAAGUACCGACGAAUUGUCUUCCAGCGAGCGAACUCCAUAUGUACUGGCCACAUCUCCUUCUCCAACUCAAGCUCCUCUGAAUACUGGGGAAAUAUCUUCUUCAGGGUUUCUUUCCACUUCUCAACACCCUGGCCCAUGUAGUAUGCAACAACGAAGUCCCAAUACUCUGGGUACCAACCUGCACAUUCGAAGUCCACCAAACCAGAUAACUUUCCGUGAUGUACUAAGAUGUUAUUAAGAUGAAUAUCGCCCCUCGGGUGGUGUUCGUAUGCUAUGCUGGUGUACAGUCCUUGCUGGAA